UAUCUUCUUUUAAGAUAUAUUAGAAAUAAUUCUUUUAUAUAUAAAUUAAAUGUAAGGCCAUGUAUAAAUCUACAAAACCUAACUUAGCUAUAUCAUUGUUACGCCAUAAUAAUGUGAUAAAAUGACUAGUACUAAGGUUGUCGAAAUUGAAGUAAUAUCUAAUGAGAUUAUCAAACCUUAUUCUCCAACCCCAGAUGAUCUCCGCCAUUACAAGCUCUCUUUCCUCGAUCAAAUAUCACCCAAAGUUUAUAAUCCUUUACUCUUUUUCUAUGAACUUAAAAGUGAUGAUCCUAAUGAUGAUCAUUCUCACCACAACCUCAACAAUAAUAUGAUCAACCACCUCAAGAAAUCUUUGUCUAAGGUCUUAACCCAAUUCUACCCACUAGCCGGACGAUUCAAAGACGACCUAUUCGUCGAUUGUAACGACCAAGGAGUUCCAUUCCUCGAAACCAAAGUCAAAGGCCAAUCAUUUUCUGAAGCUAUCAAAGCUCCAAUCCCAAGCGACCACAACAAGUUCCUUCCAUUUAAACUCGACGAAGUAGGAGAGUUUGCCCUAGGGGUCCAACUCAACAUUUUCGAAAACGGGGGAAUCGCCAUCGGCCUAUGCACGUCCCAUAAGAUCGCGGACGCUUUGUCUUGCAUCAUGUUCGUCAAAACAUGGGCGGCCAUUGCUCGUUGUGACGACCAGACACAUGACACGAUAACACAACCCGAAUUCAUUUCGGCCACACUCUUCCCACCCAAGGAUAUGGGAUCUUAUAAUCAAAAUAUUGGCAUAACAAGAACAGACAUCAUAGCUAAGAGGUUUGUGUUCGACGCUAGGGCAAUAAAAGCUCUCAAAACGAAACUAAUUAGCGACGAGAUCAAAGCCCCCUCGCGUGUUGAGGCCUUAUCAUCUUUCAUAUGGAGUCGUUUUGUGGCCGCAACAUCCCCCAAUUCGGAGAAACUUCACAUUGUUAUUCACCCCGUGAAUCUACGGCCGAAAUUCGAUCCUCCUCUCGAAGAUCAUCAUUUUGGAAACUUUUAUAGGUCUGCCUUUACGGUUGUUCCUUCGUCCAGUGUUGGAGAAGAUUAUUGUGGUCGUGAGUUGGUGAAGCGUAUAAGAGAGGAAAUAAAGAAGAUUGAUAAGGAGUUUGUGGAGAAACUAAAAGAGGGUAAUGAAGAACAUUUUCAUAUGAUUAAGGAUAAUUGUAGUAGCUUCGUCAGAGGAGAAGUUGUUACGUUUGCCUUUACUAGUUUGUGUAGGUUUCAGGUUUAUGAAGCUGAUUUUGGAUGGGGUAACCCUACAUGGGUUGGGUGUCCUGCCCUAAAUUUUCAUAACGUGACUGCUUUCUUUGACACCAAAAUGGGAGAUGGAAUUGAGGCCUAUAUUAGUUUGAAACAAGAUGAUAUGGCUAAGUUGGAGGCUGAUAAUGAGUUUCAAACAUUUGUUUCUCCAAUAUUACUAUACUAAAUAUAUUGGGUACUAUUUUUUAUAACUAGCUAUAGUUAUUUAAUUAGGAGUGUUUACCUAAGAAAAUAGACGUUGGCAGGAUAUUAUUAUUAUAUAAUCUAGAAUAUGUUAAUUUGUCAGCUAAAAGACAAAAAAAAAAAAAAAAAAAAGUUUGUAAAACUUAUUAAGCUUUGUAGUACUGUUGUAUAUUUUAUUAAUUAUGACUGUCCAAAUAUAUAUUGCGCAAUGUGUGUGUGUU